AACUCCUCUGUCUCUACCAACGGCACUCCUCACCACCCACAAAUUUGAAUUUCAUCGCAAGCAGCUUCGUCAUAAAACCCUACGCCGUUUCCCCUUCCGGCGAGCGCUCUCUCUCUCUCUCUCCUGCAACAGAUUAUAUACCCUGCAGUUUAAAGGAUGGUGGUUCCGUCGCCUCACCGUGGAAGUACAUGUGAAAAUGGUAUUAGUACCAGCUUGAGUACUGGCAAUGGAGUUUCAGAGAGAAGGACGAGUCGUAGGUUACAGAAAUUGCAAAGCCAAAAGGCAGUUCCUGUUUGUUACAAGGAAGAUCCCGUGGAUAAUAUAGAAGAGAGAGUUGGUCGGAAGAAAGCUAAAGUGGGGAAACAAAGAAAUCAGAAUUCAACCUCUGUUGUUGAACCGAUCGUUGUUGAUAACAAAACCCGCGAGGAUAACGACGUGGUUUUUGGGCCCAAAAAUGAUGGGUGUCAUGUUGCGGCAAUGAGCGUGGGUUUGACGGAGGUUGCAGAGACAAGUGCCAAGGGCGAGAAAAGUGCCUAUGCCUUAGUUACCGACACACUGAGAACAUUUAACAAGCAUUACCUUCUCUGUGUGCAGGAAGAGGAACGAAGGGGUCAACAAGCUGAAGCGCAUCGAAAGACAACCAAAGGUUCAAAUUGUGAGAAAGGGAAUGCACCUGAAAAAAAUAUAUCGAGACGACCUGAUUUGAAGGCAAUAAAGCAGAUGAGGCAGACGAAUGCUGUAUUGUAUCCGAAAAAGCAAAUUGGUUCCAUUCCAGGUAUUGAUAUUGGGCAUCAGUUCUUUUCACGGGCUGAGAUGGUUGUCGUAGGUUUCCAUAGCCAUUGGUUGAAUGGGAUUGAUUAUAUUGGGGAAACUGCUAAGAAGGAUUACCCCCACUAUACAUUACCAGUUGCAAUUGUCAUUGUCAUAUCUGGGCAAUAUGAGGAUGAUCUUGACAAUUGUGAAGAUGUCGUGUACACUGGCCAAGGUGGGAAUGAUUUACUGGGCAGGAAACACCAAAUAAAUGAUCAAGUGAUGAGAGGUGGCAAUUUGGGAUUGAAGAAUUGUAUGAAACAAAAUGUGCCUAUUAGAGUCGUACGUGGACAUCAAUCUAAGAGUAGUUACGUCGGCAAGGUUUACACCUAUGAUGGCUUAUACCAGGUUGUUGAUUAUUGGGCUGAGAAAGGUAUAUCAGGCUAUACUGUUUAUAAGUUUCAACUGAAGCGGUUUAAGGGGCAACCUUUAUUGACCACUAGCCAGGUUCAAUUUAUUAAUGGCCGAAUCCCUAACUCAAUUUCAGAAAUACGCGGGUUGGUAUGUAAGGACAUUUCUGGUGGCCAAGAGGACAUUCCCAUCCCUGCAACCAAUUUGGUUGAUGACCCACCUGUUGCACCUACAGGUUACAAGUACUUUACAAGGCUCCAAUUGGCAAAAGGUCUGAGGCUACCAAAAAAUCUGUCGGCGCCCGGAUGUGGCUGUAAAGAUGGCUGCAUCGAUCCUAACCGUUGCGCUUGUGCUAAACUCAACGGAUCGGAUUUUCCGUACGUUUACAUGAAGCGAUUUGGUGGCAGAUUAGUAGAGCCCAAGGACAUUGUGUUUGAAUGCGGCCCAAAUUGUGGUUGUCCUCCCGAAUGUGUCAACCGGACGUCACAGAGAGGGAUCAGAUUCCGUCUGGAGGUUUUCAAAACUCCAAAUAAAGGUUGGGGUGUGAGAUCUUGGGAUCCUAUUCCUUCCGGAUCGCCCGUUUGUGAGUACAUUGGAGUUUUAAGGAAGACCGAUGAGCUAGAUUCUGCUGUCGAGAACUAUUAUGUUUUCGAUAUUGACUGUCUUCAAACUAUGAAGGGGCUUGAUGGAAGACAGAGGCGGCUGCGAGAUGUAUCUAUACCUGCACACAUGGAUGAAACUGGUGAUGAUAAAUCUGAGAGCAUACCAGAAUUUUGCAUUGAUGCAUUUUCCUCGGGGAAUGUAACCAGAUAUAUCAACCACAGUUGCCAACCCAAUCUUUUUGUUCAGUGUGUUUUGAGCGAGCACCACAAUAUAAAGCUGGCUAGGAUAGUUCUAUUUGCAGCAGAUAACAUACCUCCAUUGCAGGAGCUUUCAUAUGAUUAUGCUUAUGACGUUGACAGUGUGGUCGGUCCCGAUGGCAAGACACGACGAAUAGCGUGUUAUUGUGGUGCUCCGGAUUGCCGCAAACGCUUGUUAUAGGUUGUGGGUUGGGAAGAGUCGGUUUUUGAAACCCUUUUCUGGCUGCCGCUGCGAAACGCAGAAAAUUAUUUGGGGUAGAAUUUAGCAAAUAUCUAGUGACUGUAAUUUUCUGUUAGCUAAGACCUUUAUCAAUUUGGUUCAAGACUUGAAACCAGGCCUAUUGAUGGUGUUAAAUGGUGGCCCUUAUGUGGCAAAAAAUGUAAUUACAACAUUGGGUGAAUGUUUGGAUGUAGGAUUAUCGAGGAAAAUGAGGGGAAAUUAGUUACUUCAGCAGUAGUCAGGUUUCUUCUCAUUAUUCUAUGCAACAAACGGCAAGUUAUCUUUUCAAUUAUCAAUAGUGGAUUGCAGAUUAUAAGUUUUAGGAUUACAA